AUGUCGGCGAAGAAAGAUGAUCUUCAACAGAGUGUUCAGUGCUCUGACGAGAGCAAUGAUAAUGAUGCACAGCGCUCCUACCCUAUUAAUGCAGCCGCCGGCGAGGCCAGGAUGCGCCUGAAGAUGGAUAUUUUUCUCAUCCCUCUUGUUAGCCUCAUUUAUUUGCUGGCAUUCAUUGAUCGAUCCAAUAUUGGCAAUGCUGCCAUUGCUGGCCUUCUGAAAGACUUGGAUAUGCAUGGCUUUGACCUGAAUAUCUCACUGUCUAUUUUCUUCAUUUCUUACAUUUUGUUCGAGAUUCCUGCGAACCUCCUAUGCAAAUGCAUUGGACCCGGAUGGUUUCUUCCCGGUGCCAUUCUUGGGUUUGGGGUUCUCACUAUUUGCACCGGAUUGGUUCAGUCUUUCUCAGCCUUGUGCGGCGUUAGGUUUGUGCUUGGCAUUUUUGAGGCUGGUAUCAUGCCAGCACUUGUCUAUUUUCUGUCGCGCUGGUACACACACAGCGAACUGACUUUUCGCGUAUCGCUCUUCAUCAUUUCAGCAUCGCUUGCAGGAGCCUUUGGAGGUCUUCUUGCGUCUGCCAUUCUGUCGAUACCACAUCUUGGCAGCUUACAUUCUUGGCGGUUGAUUUUCGUAAUCGAAGGUUUGGCUUCUUGUGUGCUGGGCUUUAUUUGCUUUUUCGCUCUCCCUGACCGACCGGAAACCGCGAUCUGGCUUUCCGCGGAAGAAAAGCUCCUGGCCAAGGCGAGACUGGAUGCGGAAAGAUAUGUGACUGAGGAAUCGGACUCGAGCCUCAGCUGGGCUAAAGUGCGACUGGGAAUUUUUAACCCUGUGGUUCUUACCACUUCAACCAUUUUCCUGCUCAACAGUAUCACAGUCUACGGUGUCUCCUUUUUUCUUCCAACUAUUGUCAAAACGAUUUUCCCGGAGAAAUCUGUCCGCGUACAGCAGCUUCUGACUGUCCCGCCUUACUUUGUCGGCGCGAUAGCCUGUGCGCUAACCAGCUUCUGGAGUUGGAAAUCGCAGCGCCGCGGUGUCUUCAUGAUUUUCUGCGCGCCGUUGACUGUUGUUGGAUACGUCAUGUUUUUGGCAACAACUAAUCAGCAUGUUCGCUAUGGGGCGACCUUCCUGCCGUUUCUGGGUAUCUUCACCUACGGAGCACUGACCAACUCUCACGUUGCGGCAAAUGUUGCUUCAGACACAGCCAGGACUGCAGCCAUCGCUGUCAAUGUCAUGGGCUGCAACAUUGGCGGCUUGGUGUCGGCGUGGGCGUAUGUGCCCUCUGACUCUCCGAAUUACAGAAUUGGGAACGGGCUAAACUUGGCUGCGCAGGCUGCGAUGAUCGUCAUUGCGACGGGCCUUUAUUAUUGGAUCGAAUACGAUAAUAAGCGACGAGAUCGCCGACAGGCAACAGAGCCAGAAGAUCUUGAUGUGCGAGAUAUCCACACGUUGGACUGGAGGCAUCCAGAUUUCAGAUGGCGCAAGUAG